ACCACAACRACGAGGAYAUGUCGCAGACGCUAACGGCAUCGGAAACAUCGAUGACAUCGUCAACAGUAUCCGUACCGGACAUAACCAUCCAGAAGCAGAUACCGCUGGUCAGUCACAAACGUCUAUCACUGUUGGCCAAACGUGAACGCCAGUUGGCCAAAUUUUUCAAAUGUUURCCGGCCAGCGACGAUCCGUACGGUUUGGACGACACAAUCGCCGAAAAACGGUGUUUCUUUGCUACCGACGACAUACGGGUGUUUAAGUCGCAUAUUGCUCGCCGUCACCAACAAGUCUACUGUUGUUAYUGUCAGUUUGACUACAAAAUGGCCGACGUUUUGACCGCAACUCUAUCGGACAGUGCCAGCAAUGUCUAYCMGACUGAUGAAUCUUCGGCUACCCGACUGGUYUAUCAUAUGGUCACCGGUCACGGCAAACGUUGCUUCCAAUGUAACAAAUGUCUGUUUCGGGCAUCAACUGGCCAACAUCUACUCGUYCAUCAGAUUACUGUACACUAUCGGCACUGGUCAUUGUAUAACCAGAAGAUAACAACAUUGGAUUCGCUUGAAGAUCAAAAUGAAAAUAUAUGUAAAAUAAUUCAAUGCGAAGAUCUAACCUACGGUUCGGAGAUAUCGGCGUCCGAAUGGAUCAAAAAAUUUCGGCCCGAAAUCAGUGGUCAACUAAAAGAAGACAAAUAUUACUGUCUGUACUGUUGUUUUAGCGAUCAUCGCGAGACAAAAGUAUUGCUUCAUUGUUCGCAACGACAUCUCGACUAUCAUAYCAUUGUCUAUCGGCUGAAAUACGGCCGUUCAUUGUUGRCCGCGGCCAACAACAACAACAACARCGGUAACAAUAAGUUGAAGACAGUGAUGACUACAGUGUCCAAAGCUUUAGAAACAGUUACCAUCGAUUCGGAUCUUGAUUUCAGCGAUGAUGACGAUAAUAUCGAAGURAUUACCGGUACUACUACUACUCCGGGACAGUGUACCGAAAAAUGCGAUGCAAUUCCCGGACUUGGAUUCGGUGGCAGCAGUUUUUCCGAGUUUUUUCCUAAGCUUAACAAAAAGUCGGACACUGCSGCGGCGGCKGCUUCGGCCGCCAAGGAUGCCAUUCCUGGACUCGGCGAUCCGUUGCUACCGCCCAAGCGUGAGAUUAAACGUGAGAAACGGUUUACGAGCGGCGCAACCAAUCAGCAGCAGACCUAUCGUCAGUACAAGAAAGAGAAACGACAACAACGRCRAUAUAAUCACCAUAAUUAYAUCGAUUAUGACCAACCAAACAGUCCAAUGGCCACUACCUCGUACGGUGGCGGCGGCCGAUACUUUAAUCCCAAUCCCAGUUGGUUGCCAGCAGCUAAUGGGUCGCCGAUGGUUAGCCAGAAUUAUGCCCGUCUAUACAUUCAGAAUAUUGUACCCAAUGUUGUUGAUCCGUAUUAUACUGAUGAUACCUAUUUGGACGAUCAGUAUGGAUAUAAUACGGCCAACAUUAGCAACAACAACAACAAUGUCAUCACUAAUGAUGGUAACAAAACUGAUGCUCAGAAAAAGCCGGAAACUUCUGGCGCCGGCGCCAGCGUUGGUGGUUAUCGCGAAUGGAGACGCAAAAAGCAAAUGAAGAUGAAAUURAUGAAAUUUAAAAAUAAUAAUAAUAAUAGUGGUAUACCAUCGACAUCAUCGACAACUGCCGAUUUAGGCGGCGUCGGUGAURACGAAGAUGAUGACGACGACGACRACUUCCCGCCGCCGAUCGAUUUGGCCGAUGUUGAAGCAGAUCUACAGUUGAGCGACGACGACGCCGAUGAAGAAGUCAACGAUGAAAAUCWGGCGUCGAAGCAGAUGAAGAAUAAGCAGAAGAGGAAUAAGAAUAGACUACAAGCAGUACGAGACGAUACUCAAGWCUAUUUAGAUAUGUURGACAAUGAAUCAGCAACAGCUGGUCCCAGACGUGGACAACGAUUUGAACAGCAACGACGAUUCGAAGUCAUAUCAUUGCAACCAAAACCCGCACAAAAAAAUGUCUUCAAAUGUCUCGUCUGUCUGAACGAUAUACCAAUCAGACGAACACAUAUAACAAUGCAUUUGAAAACUGUACACAAAACCGAAUCGUCGUUCAAAUGUGACCACUGCUGUCCGACUAUGUCGACAAAUGAGACGCCGUUUAUUGGCCAGAAACACGAAAUCAAUGAUCAUUCAAAUCUGGCCCAUCCGAACCUACAGCCGGCCUACUCGAAGUUUAUCGUACCGUUCGAUCAAAAUACUUCAAUCGGUAUGACUUCGGGUACUAAUUUAGAAAAAGCCAAACUAACGGCCAGAAAGUCGACCGGYGGUGUCGGUCGUGGUGGUGGUGGUGGMCGCGGCGGCGGCGCCGUCAGUAAGGGCGGUAAGGGUGCACUGACACAGAGGAUACGCGAUAGCACUUUCUUGGGUCCGCUCAGAAACGACAGGACCAACAACAACAACAAUAGCAGAAAGAGAGGACCCGAAGCAUUGGUGGACACUACUACUACAGGCGGGUUGUCGACUGAGGCCGCCGCCCGACCGUUCAAACGGGUCAACAAUCGAAGCAAACCGGUAGCGCCAAUGAAAAAGCAACGUCGAGUACUGAAUCUCGGUAGCGAUAGCGACGACGAUGAUGACAAUGAGGAACGUAUGGCAGUUGAUCCACAGCCGUCAUCAUCACCAUCACUGCCAUCAUCUACGACAACAACACUACUACCACCACUACCUGUCCGGUCGUAUGAAUCGUCAUCAGAUGAUGAUUACAUUAUCGACAACGAUAUGGACAGCAAUUUGAUGGAUAAGCAGCCGCCAGUAGUCAAACGUAUAGUCAGUGUAGCCAAAAAGUCAACAGCCAAACCCGGCGGCGUCAGAGGAUCUCAGUUGGCAGCCGGCGGUCCGGUAUCCAUGUUGUCGGCCAUACCGGCCGGUGCCGAUCGUGUUAAACACAAAUACUUUUGCGUAUUCUGUACGCACGGCUAUAUCAUUAACGACUAUACGGAAGCCAUUGAACACUACAAAGGACACCUGUUGUUGGGCUAUCUGUGCAAUCAAUGUUCGUUUAGGUCGGUUGGGUACGGGGAGAUGACCUAUCACUGGUCAAGUGUUCAUAAGGAAACGGAUGCCGAAAAAAUGGAUUUCGGCGAUAAUAUGUCACCGUUAGUGUUGAACUGGAUCAACGAUUUCCUGGAUAAUCAACACCGCGACGCCGAUCUCGUAGAUAUUGCCACUGCGGCCGAAGCGGCCAAUGAAUCGGCUGCGGCCGGCGGUGCAAACAUAUCCAUCGAGUGUCCAUUGUGUGUGAAAUCGGCUACAAUUUGCCGACUAAAACCGCGACCGUUUACCAGCCUAUGGCAGGCAAAGCUACAUAUAUGUAAACAUUUCCGAUGGCUAUCGUUAAAGUGUAAUCUAUGUGCCGAAAAUGGCGGCGCCGACGACGGCAGCGGUGGUGGUGGCGGUGGCGGUCCUACUGAAGUACUCUGUCCUAAUCAUCCCUAUGUACUGAUGAAACAUUUGAUUGACGCCCACUUUACCAGUUGCGAGAAUGCCUACAACAUAUCGUUCAGAGGCCAGAAACCGUUCAACGAUAUCAAACGUGAACAGUUGCGGCUGAUUGGCCGCCACUACCAAUACAUACGGGUGCCGUCAAGCGAUAUCAUCGAUACGUUUCUCAAUCGGCUAAUGGAUCAGUUCGAUAUGGUCUACGAGCAACAGCUACGGCUCAAGUUUAACAUUACCAAAGAAGUCAAUAUCAAACUGGUUAGGUAUAUGCCGAUUAAAAACGAACCAAUCGAUGUCGAUGAUGAUGAUGACGAUGAUGGUGACAGUGGUGUCGACCAUAUUAUCGGUGACAGUAUAGGUAAUGACAACAACGACAAUAAAGUCGAUGUCAAAGACGAUAAAAAGGAUGUGAAAGCACUGAUCAAAUCGGAGAUCAAAUCGGAAAUAAAACUAGAAAUUAAAAGCGAAAUUAAAUCCGAAGUGAAAUCGGAAGUGAAAUCCGAAGUAAAAGAUGAGUCGAAAGUGUUUGCGACACCAAAAGCUGAAGAUAAUGAUAAUAAUGAAGAAGAAGAUGUGGACAAUGGAUCCGAUGAUGAUUUUAUGCGUGGAUUAUAUGGCGAUUCAUACUGUCAAGUGAUCAGCGAUGAUGACAGCGAUGACUCCGCUGAUGAUAAUAACAGAACCGAUGGUUGUGUUGCUGCUGCUGCUGCUGGUGGUGGUAGUAGUAGUGGUAGUGCUGGACCUGCUAGUGGUGACAAUGCCAACAAACGGCCAAACAAUGAUGAUAUGAUUAUAUUGAGCUCCGAUGGCGAGUAGUAGUAGUAGUAGUUG